AUGUGUAUGUGUAGUGGGUUUCCUUUAGAGACAAUUGGUAGAGAUGUGCUGUCGAAUCGAUGGACAAUGUAUUAUUGUGUGUAUCAGAAAGAGACACGAAUAUUCACAAUGAUUCCUGUGAACAGUACAGCAAAAACGGAUAUGAGGGGCGCUCUUGGUCAGUCCGUGUCAUUCAAACUAAAAUCGUGCACAAGAAGAGCAUCAGAUAGUAUUGACAAGAGGUUCUGUUUCGACGUUCUGGCAAUAGAUCGCGCAGAACCAGUGACACUACAGGCACUGUCUGAAGAGGAUCGAAGGCAGUGGCUUGAUGCGAUGGACGGAAGAGAGCCGAUCUAUUCGCCAGGAGCGGGACCACCGUCAAAUUGCCUGGGAAGUAAGUUCACUUUUAUUUCGUUGACUUGUUAA